AUGUUGAUUUGUCGAGCCACCAGACAUAGCACGCAAAAUUUGCGAAUUGAAAGCGAACACACGCAACUCAACUUGAUACAGGAUCUGUAUUUUGCCGUACGAGCAUCAAGAGUCGAUUUGGUCAGACACCUCCUCUUCAAGCUGCGAGUUAAUCCAAAGAUCAACAUUCAAAAAGUAUCCAUUUUGACGGUGGCCGUUGAAAGAAAUAGCCCAGAGAUUGUGAGAAUGCUAUUGGAUCAAGGUGUUGAUGUGAACACAUUCUCCGAGGCCUUUGCCGGCUCUUUGGAAACACCGUUGUUUACCGCCGUCAAAAUGGGACACACAGCUGUUGUUCACCUUUUACUGUACUAUGGAGCUGAUCCGAAUUUGGCAGACUUCGCAAAUCGAACUCCGCUUUACAUGGCUGUUCAAUGUAAUAGAGAAGAAGAAGCUUUGGCUUUGAUCGUGGCUGGGGCGAAUCUGAAUACCGCCGACAAGACAGGGACUACAGCAUUGCAAGUGGCGUCACGAGGAUUUGGAAGGGAAAUGCUUGCCUUACAUCUCAUUAAUCAUGGAGCAUAUGUACAUCAGGCUGAUUUCAAGGGCCGAACUGCUAUUGAAUUGGCGUUAACAGCUGGGAAUACUUGUGUUCUCCAAAUGCUUCUUGAUGCUGGAGCUCAACCGGGGAAAGCACUCUCGGAAAGAAUAACCAAUCUUCUGGCGCAUCCAGAAGUGGAGGAUUUCUGUGCGGAGAAAACGUUGAGAUCGUUGAGGAGAACAUUGCCGAUGGAGAUCAUUACAGCAAGGAAAAUACGUGACUCGCUGAUUAACAAGGAGAAACUUCGAAAAACCGGCCGGAGCAUUUGGAAAGAAAUCGAUCGAUUGGCUAUUCCCGAGAACGUGAAACUCGAGUUGAAAAUCCACGUUCACAUUGAUGGAUUCAAUAUU